UCUCAACACAGCAAGAAAUACGACCUGGAAAAACUAGAGUCCACAGCUCAGAGGGAACACUGUCUACACAGUAGACACUCUUAUCCAAAACAACUUACAGUAGUGAGUACAUACAUUUUCAUAGUUUUUCGUACUGGUCCCCCGUGGGAAUCAAACCCACAACCCUAGCAUUGCAAGCGCCAUGCUCUACCAAGUCAGCCACAUCAUCAAAAACCACUUGAUGUCUCAAUCUACUCAAUUACUCUACUGUACAUUGUUUUUCUUCAUGGUGAUGGAAAGUCUAGUUACAAUCCUAGAUGACCAGCUUGUGUACAAUACAGUAAUGUACAUUUAAGUGGUUUGUAACGAUGGUAAAUUAAUACUGCACAAAAAGUGUUUGUUUUCCAUUUUAUUUGGUCAAUAAAAACAUUUAAUUUGGUAUGGAUGUUUUGUGUCUUUGCCCAUAACUUUGCACCUUGUUGAUGUAAACAUUUGAGGACAGGAUUGAGUUGUUUCUGGAUCCCAUUAGAAUGAUAAUAGCAGAGAAAGGGACAGGGCAACAACUCUUACAUUCCCAAGUAUUCUUAAUUCUACUACUUUUUUGCUGGUAAAAAAAAAUGUUUUGCUCAUGCUACAGGCAUCUAUAUCAGUCUGCUAAUACUAGUAAUGGCCCAGUGCGCUACUUUUGUGAAAAUGUUUUAAAUAUUCAAUAUUUUUGAAUUAAAAUAUAUUUAGAAUUCAGAUUUGAGGGGUUUAUGGGUAUAUUGUUGGAUCUGCUCCCAUUGCUCAACACUCACAUGCCCUGCUGACUGAUAUACCAGCUAAAACACCAAUACAGACAGCGACCUGAUAACAAUCUAACAUAAAUAUGCCCAUAACUCCCACAAUGCUGUUACACCCCUACUUCCCGCGGCUAUGAGCCCAGGUAAACAUAAAUCAUGAAAAAAGGGAGAGCUGGAGGAUAGACAAGAAGGAGAGAAUGAGCAAUGGAGGUCAAGAGAGAAGAUGGGAAUGUAGUUGAUCCUGUGGAUCAGGGUGAAUGAAAAACUUGUGACACCUGUAAUCUUUACAAAAACAUUAACACCCAGGAGGUGUGUCUGCAUGCUUGUGUGUCUUAUGUAUUAUGGUAUACAGUGCAUUCGGAAAGUAUUCAGACCCCUUGGCUUUUUCCACAUUUUGUUAUGUUACAGCCUUAUUCUAAACUGGAUUCAAUCGUUUUUUUGCCCCUCAUCAAUCUACCUACACUACCCCAUAAUUACAAAGCAGAAAUUGGUUAUUUUUUAUAUUUUAUUUUGCAAAUUUAUUCAAAUUAAAAACACAUCAAAUUUACAUAAGUGUUCAGACCCUUUUACUUAGUACUUUGUUGAAGCACCUUUGGCAGCAAUUAUAGCCCUGAGUCUUCUUGGGUAUUCUUCUCUGCAGAUCCUCAAGCGCUGUUAGGUUGGAUGGGAAGCGUCACUGCUCAGCUAUUUUCAGGUCUCUCCGGAGAUCAAAUCAAAUUUUGUCACAUGCUACAAAUAAAACAGACCUUACCGUGAAAUGCUUACUUACAAGCCCUUAACCAACAAUGAAGUUCAAGAAAUUGAGCUAAGGAAAUAUUUACUAAAUAAAGUUAAAAAAUUGAAUAAAAGUAACAUAAUAAAAUAACAAUACCGAGGCUAUGUACAGGGGCUACCAGUACCGAGUUAAUGUGUGGGGUACAGGUUAAUUGAGGUAGUUUGUACAUGUAGUUAGGGGUAAAUUGAUAAUACAUAGAUAAUAAACAGUGAGUAGCAGCAGGGGGGGUGGUCAAUGUAAAUAGUCCGGGUGGCCAUUUGAUUAACUGUUCGGCAGUCUGUUGGCUUGGGGGUAGAAGCUGUUCAGGAGCCUUUUGGACCUAGACAUGGUGCUCCAGUACUGCUUAUUGUGCGGUAGCAGAGUGAAUGGUCUAUGACUUGGGUGAGUGGAGCCGUUAACCAUUUUUGGGGCCUUCCUCUGAUACCACCUAGUAUAUAGGUCCUGGAUGGCAGGAAACUUUGCCCCAGUGAUGUACUGGGCCGUACGCACUAGUCCACGUUCAUCUCCUGUGUCUUGCUCACUUUGAGGGAGAGGUAGUUGCCCUGGCACCACACUGCCAGGUCUCUGACCACCUCAUUAUAGGCUGUCUCAUCGUUGUUGGUGAUCAGUCCUACCACUGUUGUCGUUAGCAAACUUAAUGAUAGUGUUUGAGUCGUGCAUGGCCAUGCAAUUGUAGGUGAACAGGGAGUACAGGCGGGGACUAAGCACGCCCCCCCCCCCCCCAGGGGCUCCCGUGUUGAGAAUCAGCGUGGCAGAUGUGUUGUUGCCUACCCUUACAACCUGGGGCCGGCCUGUCAGGAAGUCUAGGAUCCAGUUGCAGAGGAGGUGGUGUUUAGUCCCAGGGUCCUUAGCGUAGUGCCCACAUAGCUCAUCACUGAACGCUGAGCUGUAGUCAAUGAACAGCAUUCUCACAUAGGUUCUCCUUUUGUCCAGGUGAGAAAGGGCAGUGUGGAGUGGGAUUGAGAUUGCAUCAUCUAUGGAUCUGUUGGAGCGUUAUGCGAAUUGGAGUCUGUCUAAGGUGGUCUGGAGGAUGCUGUUGCUGUGAGCCAUGACCAGCCUUUCAAAGCACUUCAUGGCUACUGACAUGAGUGCUACGGGGCAGUCGUCAUUUAGGCAGGUUACCUUCGCUUUCUUGGGCACAGGGACUAUGGUGGUCUGCUUUAAAUGUAGGUAUUAGACAGGGAGAGGUUGAAAAAUGUCAGUGAAGACACUUGCAAGUUGGUCCGCACAUGCUCUGAGUACACGUCCUUGUAAUCAGCCUGGCCCUGCGGCCUUGUGAAUGUUGACCUGUUUAAAGGUCCUGCUCACAUUGGCUAUGGAGAGCGGGAUCACACAGUCGUCCGGAACAGCUGGUGCUCUCAUGCAUGCUUCAGUGUUGCUUGCCUCGAUGCAAGCAUAAAAGGCAUUUAUCUUGUCUGGUAGGCUCACGUCACUGGGCAGCUUGUGGCUGGGUUUCCAAUUGUAGUCUGUAAUAGUUUGCAAGCCCUGCCACAUCCAAUGAACAUCAGAGCCAGUGUAGUAAGAUUCAAUUCAAUCUUAGUCCUGUAUUGAAGCUUUGCCUGUUUGAUGGUUCGUCUGAGGGCAUAGCAGGAUUUCUUAUAAGCGUCCGGCUUAGUGUCCCGCUCCCCUCCCUUAAGCGGGACAUUAGGGGAAGCUAAUUUCUACCAGCACGUGUGACAUGCUGGUAGAAAUUAGGUAAAAAUUAUUUCAAUUUCCCUGCAUUAAAGUCCCCAACCACUAGGAAAAGCCGCUUCUGGAUGAGCAAUUUCUUGUUUGCUUAUUGCCUUAUACAGCUUGUUGAGUGCGGUCUUAGUGCCAGCAUCGGUUUGUGGUGGUAAAAGACAGCUACGAAAAAUAUAGAUAAACUCUCUUGGUAGAUAGUGUGGUCAACAGCUUAUCAUGAGGUACUCUACCUCAGGCAUUCAAACGGGUUCAAGUCCGAGCUCUGGCUGCACCACUUAAGGACUUUGGCUGGGCCACUCCUGUGUUGUCUUGUCUGUGUGCUUAGGGUCGUUGUCUGUUGGGAGGUGAACGUUUUCCCCAGCCUGAGAACCUGCUCCAGAGUGCUCAGAACUUCAUCAAGGAUCUCUCUGUACUUUGCAUCUUUCCCUCGAUCCUGACGAGUCUCCCAGUCCCUUCAGUCAGCUGAAAAACAUACCCACAGCAUGAUGAUGGCACCACCAUGCUUCACCAUAGGGAGGAUGCCAGGCUUCCUCCAGACGUGACGCUUGGCAUUCAAGCCAAAGAGUUCAAUCUUGGUUUCAUCAGACCAGAAAAUCUUGUUUUUCAUGGACUGAGUCCUUUAGGUGCCUUUUGGCAAACUCCAAGCAGGCUGUCAUGUGCCUUUUACUGAGGAGUGGCUUCUGUCUGGCCACUCUACCAUAAAGGCCUGAUUGGUGGAGUGCUGCAGAGAUGGUUCCCCUUCCGGAAGGUUCUCCCAUCUCCACAGAGGAACUCUAAAGCUCUGUCCAAGGCCCUUUUCCCCCGAUUGCUCAGUAUGGCCGGGUGGCCAGCUGUAGGAUGAAUCUAGGUGGUUCCAAACUUCUUCCAUUUAAGAAUGAUGGAGGCCACUGUUGUUUGGGACUUUCAAUGACGCAGACAUUUUUUGGUACCCUUCCCCAGAUCUGUGCCUCGACACAAUCCUGUCUCUGAGCUUUACGGACAAUUCCUUCGACCUCACUGCUUGGUUUUUGCUCUGAAAUGCACUGUCAACUGCGGGACCUUAUAUAGGCAGGUGUGUGCCUUUCCAAAUCAUGUCCAAUCAAUUGAAUUUACCACAGGUGGACUCCAAGUGUAGAAACAUCUCAAGGAUGAUCAAUGGAAACAGGAUGCACAUGAGGUCAAUUUUGAGUUUCAUAGCAAAGGGGCUGAAUACAUAUGUAAAUAAGGUAUCUUUUUUAAAUUUGUAAUACAUUUACUUAAAUUUCAAAACUGUUUUCACUUUGUCAUUAUGGAGUAUUGUGUGUAAAUUGUUUCCUCAAUCUAAAUGAAUCAAUUUGAGAAUAAGGCUGUAACGUAACAACAUUUGGAAAAAGUCAAAGGGUCUGAUUAGUUUCUGAAUGCACUGUAUAACCAUUAACAUUCAUUGUAAUGAUGUAUUAAUGUUCUUCUCUACAUUUCCCUGCUGCUCCAGUUCUCAGGGACCUGUAGGGGACACACCUAUAGCUCAAGCACAGGUGAAAAGAGAAGUCUCACCAUCAUAUUAUUUUGUACCAGCCAAUUGCCCUUCAGAGGAAGUGGAAGUGACAUCGCUUCUUUUUAAAGAGGAAGAGGAUUCCAAGACAGCCAUGCUGUCCUCCACGCUGGUGUCGGUUCUCGCCCCACAGUGGAGCGGGAGAAUACGCAGGAACAAGCGGGGCAUGGCCGGUACGGACAUUGGUGUGUUUGGCACGGCAACCAGUGAGUCUGGACAGGAAAUCCAAGGUAACGGACAGGAAGUGAGCGAGGGGGGUGUGCUUUUGAAGCCGCAAGUACCUCUCGAGACAGACUCUGUAGGACAACGACGACAACAACAGUUUCUGGAGACCCAGAACCAACGUGUUGGGGAGAGGGGGUUGAACCUUAGAUCACAAGUCCAUGAGAGGGCUUCAACACUGGGUAGCAGCAGAAGCACAGUGGGGGGCUGGUAUGAGGGAAGCACCCCCAACCUCAAACUGGACAACCCAACAAAGGCCCCAGUUUCUAAGCCUGUCUCUCUGGAUGUGAGUUGGGGGAGGCUGGCCAACAGAGGCGGAGAGGGGGGAGCUGUUUCCCCUGUUACUCCCAGCUCUCCCCUCUCUCCCGACCUGCAUGUACACAAGGGAAUGUUACAGGCAAGUCGUCAAGGAGCCCAGACAUCAUUGCUGAGUUCCAAACCAACAACCAGUAGCCUUCUUUUCUCUCUGAGAAGGCUCAACUCUAUUGCGAGCUCUAUCCACUCAGAGACAAAUAUCUCAUCUCUAACCAAUGACAGAGAUGGAGAGACUUCAAGUCCACACCUCUCUCCAACCACAACCAAUUACAAAGCAUCAGAGACAAUUAGGGCACACCUUUCCUUAACCUCAUCCAAUGAUGGAGCCAGAGAGAGGUCCAAGUUCCUCCCCUAUUCAGCUGAUCCCACUUUCAGGACAAUAGAGAGGUCAAGGCACCUCCCCUUACCAACUUCCAAUCACAGAGAAGCAAAUACACACAGGACACAACUAUUUUCAACCUCGCCCAAUUACAAAGACACAGAGGGCACACCCUUUACCAAACUUCCCCAGACUUCCAGGGCGUAUCCCAACCCAACCUUCCCCAGUAAGCAGACUCUUCUGUUUAGUGGUCUAGAGAGACUUUCCCCCUCAGAGAGACCAGAUGGAACCACGGUUCCCAUCAGUGAUACUCAUCUACCUUCCUCUCCACCGUCCCAAUAUGACCACCUGGAUUUCCAUGGGAGCCAGUCUCUUCCCAGAGGAACCACCCUGAGAUCUACUCGCUGGAGAAAGCACAUUACUCUGGAGGACAGUGUGUCUAAUCCCAGUUCCCCCCUCAGUCCCACGACCACCACCACUAUCAACAACAACAACAACACAUUCAGCCUCUCAAGCACUUCCAGCAAUAAUAACACGGGUCCCUCUAGCACCAAUGAUAACACUGGUGUCAAUCCCCAAAUCGGCAUCAAUAACAACAAUAAUUUAGUCACCCCCAACAAUACCAACCUAAACAGCAAUAGUGUCACUGGCAAACACACACCUCAGAGCACCCUUAAAAGGACUUAUGCUCAAGAUAUCCCAGACCAGGAUUCCUAUAGAAUACUCAAAACUCAGAAUUCCCUUAACUCGAAUGACCGACAAUCACAAAAGCCCUAUUGUUUGUCCAAUAUCUCCUUCAGGUCAAACACCAGUAGCCCAGCUAGCUCGAGCACUUUGAGUAGCCCAAUAAAGUCCAGCUACCCUGAUCGCUACAGUAGGCCAUGUAGUUAUGACACCAUCUACACCCCUCUGACCGUAUUUAGCCCCAAGACUCCAACCAGCUCUGAAACCAGUGACACUCCAUCCUCCCUCAGUAGUCAUAGAACCCUUGAUUUGUCCCAUUCCCCGAACCCCUCUUCCAGACAGCUCUCCUUACAAACCAGUAUCGCCUCCACAUCCCUCAGUAGCCACAGACCCCUCUAUAGUUCCCGCUCACUCAAUACCACCAGCUCUAUGAGACAAGACCCCCAAAACAGCCCAAAAUCUCCACCCCCAGUCGUCAGAAGCCAGAUUCCCAUAUUGAGUAACACCCACACCCCCACAUCCCAACUGCAGUCCCCUAAAACUGCUUACACGCCUACCACAACUCCCCAACCACUCCUACUUAAAACCAGCUACGUUCCCAGUAUCCCGACCCGCUACACCCGACCGUUGUCCCCAGACAGCUAUACCCCCAUAUCCCUGAGUAUCCCCACCACCCAGGCCCCCUCCACCCUGCCCCUCUCCCCACCCAGCUCGUCCCCUCUGGUGGAAAGGACGUUCAUAGGCAGCCUAGACCUCUUCCCUAAGAAACACCAGCCCCAAGUGGAAGGGGGGGUAACAGCACAUAAAGGAGUCACAACUAAGGCUGUCACAGUCUCAUUCACCUCUAGGCAGGAGUCACAACUAAGGCUGUCACAGUCUCAUUCACCUCAGGGACCUCUGUCCCCAACCAGACCCCUCCGUAGUGUAGAGGGUCCCGCCAUCUUCUCCUCCCUGAGAUCGGGCAGCCCAACCUGGGCUAUGUCACCUUUGUCUCCCCCAACCCCCAGGACCACCAAACUACAAGUUUGGAAGGGUACCUCGAUGCAUAACUUAUCCAUAAUAUCUGAUACAUUGGUGAAGGAGGGAGGGCAAGCUUUCUCAGAGCAUGUUAGUGACCACACUUCAAACGUCACAGUCAAACACACAGGAACCGACUCGACCGUAAUAGGACCACAGAGGAAGACAGCUGCCCCUCUCUCCCUUCCAGAUUUUGGGAGCUUUUCCAAGCCACGAUUUAGCUCCCCGCCCUAUUCCGCACUCAAGUCUUCACGCCCAACACAGGGUGAGGUCACACACACAACAUCACACCAACCCCUUCUCUCACCCCCUACCUCACCCCAACACUACCCCUUCUACGGCCAUCACAGGGCUAGGUCACAGGACAGUUCAAAGAUUGUUGCCUUGGAAAUUGAUUGUGUCAACAACAACUCCAAACAGACCAGUCAAGAAAAUGUUGAGACACUUGUGUACAGGAUUUCUAAGGUUGAUUCCUCUGCCAUAUUGGACAGUAUUAGGCCUGCACAGCCCUGUUUUCCUCGACACACACCAGACACACGAGUCGUCACAGGGAUAAAGUCCAAUGAACUCUGCCGUCUACCUUCACAACACAGCCAGGUGAUUGGAAGUCCCAGCUGUCAAUCAUACCAAAGCUCAAAUGACAGUGGAACAUUAGACACUGAGAAGGUUGUGUGUAAAAGCGAGAGUUUCCCUAAGAGUGCAGUGGCUCCAUUACAAACCCAGAGCCCAAAGAAAGGCUUAUUCUCACUGAGAGGUAAGAGAGACAAUGUUGUUGGUACGCCUGCUGCCAAUAUCCCUAGAAACCCAGCGAUGCCUCAGUCUGAGAAACCAAAGAAAGAGUCAGAGAAGGAACAAAAGGAAAGUAACAAAAUAGACCUGGUGCUGAGUCGACUCCGGCAGACCUUCAGAGUCAAACGUCUCGAUGACGAGAGGACGAAGAGAACACCCCAGCCUCCUCCUGUCAAAGGAGCCAGUGACAUUAGUGAUGUCACUGAGAGUAGUGGUUCUAGCAAUCAAGAAGAGGAGGAAAAAUGGAGGGAGAAUGAUGGCGUUCACAAACUUUCAAACUCUUUCUGGGCUGGCAGUGAGCACACGUCAGAUAUGACGAAGGAAAAUGUGAGGCGUGAACACUCACAGUUUGAGGGUUUUAAAGACCAUAAAGAGGCUAGAAACAGAGACCAGCCUUGUGUUAUGGAUCUUCCUCAAUUUGAGGCUUACAAGGACGAAAGGAUCACUAAACCCAAACAUCAACCUUCUAGUAACGAGAUCAGCCCAACAAGGCGGCAGUUUGAAGCUUACAAAGAGGAGAGGAUCAGUAGAGCCAGAAAGCAACCUCCUCAGAGAGACUUCAGCUCUGUUAUGCGUCAACCCUGGGACCCCAGCCGCUCUGCAACCCUCCCUGCCUACAGAACCUCCUCAGGCAGCACCAGAAACACUUUCUCUGUCUUCCACUUCAGCCAGAAGGACUCUGAGAACGAUAACGUGUUCCACAUUCCCAGGAUUCCUCAGAGGAAGAAGACCACCUCUCUCUGUGAGCCAGGGGACAGGGAGUUCGGUUCCGGUGAUCAGCGUGGCAGUGAGGGACGUCUGGCAUCCUUCUCCUCCUGUGCUGAUCUCAAAUACGGUCUUGAGGCUGGGCGUUCCUUCUCUGUGACUUCUGUGCUCUCCAGCCGACCUUCGGGUCCUGGACGUAUCUCCUCAGGCCCUAGGGUCAGCAGUGUCAGUGACCUCACAUACCCUGCUCUGACCUUUGGAGAAGAGGUCAUGACUUGGGAUGACUGUAGGGUCAAAGGUGAUUGGACAAUACCAAGGUGGGACACACACACAACCACUGGCUACAAAACCACAGGUGACAGCCAAGCUGUAAAUGACUGGUCUGUCGUUAGUGACAGGACAUCCAGAAAUGAGCGCAAAACAAUCAAAGCUAAUUUUAUAAAUCCACACAAGGCUAGAUCCAAAUCCCUACCCAGAAAUGUAUCCUGGAGUUCAGAGGUCACCGCCCCAUCUCCAACCUCUACCACCAUUGGCCGCAUGUGGAACCAUGGCAGCCUGGAGACCUCUCACUCCCUGUGGGAUACAGAGGGUCCUCCAACCCCCCCUCCGUCCCCUCCCUGGUCCCCAGCCUCCAGACGCAUAUCUCGCCCUCCCAGCUCCUCCUCCUCUUCUGCCUCGCCCUCCCCCACAGACAGCAGGGCGUCACAGGACAGCCUGUCCCCUAGGGGGCGCCUACCCUCCAGGGGCUACGUCUCCAACCUGGCAGUCUUCGAGGAGUCCGACUCAGGCUCUGACAUGGACUCUGACACAACCACAGAUGAUGAAUACUACCUGGCAGGUGAUGGCGGCGAGAAGGAGACUGAACUGUGAGAAGAAAUACUGUAUGGGAUGCAUCUCAAUAGUCUAAAGUGGGUCUGUCUGUCUCCUUUUGGUCUCCUUAUAUAGAAAGGAUACUUAUUUACACACCUAUUUAUGCUCACUAAAAACAGACUUGUUAAGUGUGCAUGUCUCUGGGCCUCCUGACUGGCGCAGUGGUCUAAGGCACUGCAUCGCAGUGCUAGCUGUGCCACUAGAGAACCUGGUUCGAGUCUCUGUCGCACCUGUCCGCGACCGGGAGACCCAUGACGCGGUGCACAAUUGGCCCAGCGUGGUCCGGGUUAGGGGAGGGUUUGACAUGCAGGGAUGUUCCUGUCCCAUCGUGCACUAGCGACUCCUGUGGUGAGCCGGGCGCAGUGCACGCUGUCACAGUCUCCAGGUGUACGGUGCUUCCUCCGACACAUUGGUGCAGCUGGCUUCUGGGUUAAGCGGGCUUUGUGUCAAGAAGCAGUGUCGGCUUGGCUGGGUUGUGUUUCAGGGGACGCUUGAGUUGCAGCGAUGGGACAAGACUGUAACUACCAAUUGAAUACCACGGAAUUGGGGCGAAAAAGGAGUAAAAUAAUGAAAUCAAAUAAAAAGUAAAGAAGUCAGCACUGUCAGAUCACAGGUUAAGGUCAUGCUCUUAUCCUGGGAUCCAAAGAGCAGCUCACCACAUAAACUCUACACCAUAUCCAAGAGCAUGGCACUCUGUUUUUUUGUCAUGUCACAGGUUGCUUGGAUACUUGACUUUCUCAUGUCUGAUAUUUGUUUAGUUAUCAGUGGGAAGUGUACUGUAUAUGCUAGGUUAAAGGUAUUUAUGAACAAAGAGCUCUAGCUAUAAAGCUCUCCUAUCCUGUUUUAUUACUUCUGCAGCUGUUCUAACCAUGGCCUUUAUUCACAAAGUGUAUCAGAGUAGGAGUGCUGGUCUAGGAUCAGGUGCCCCCUGUACAUAUGAUCAUAUUCAUUGUGAUCUGAAGCCAAAACUGAUCUUAGGUGAGCACUCCUAAACUAAGACUCCUUGUGAAUACUGACCCUGUUGUGGUAGAGUCCUGUACCCGGUGAGAGGUAUACCUAACAUACUCAGUUUGGCUGGGGUCACAUUUCAUUGUCAAGUGCUGCCUAUCAAUAUGCUUUAAGCUAGCUUGCUAUAUGAUAUGCAAGAUAAAUAUCUUUGAAUGUUUUAAUUCUCAUGGAAAUCAGUAUUUUCUAUUUUGGUUGUCUUGGAAGGUUUUCCUGAAAUGCAUAUGUGUGCAUUAUAAACAGAUGAUUCUUGUAAACAAAUUGUGAAUUACUUUUUGUGCAAUUCAACAGUUGUUUUUGGAUCAAGUAUAUGGUAAAUAUAUUUUGAAUGAACAAUAAACCAGUUCUAAUUCUG